GUAUGAAGAAGGCUAGCCAAGCUACUCUCCGCGGAUGUGAGAGCGAGCGAGCGAGAUCCCUCCCUCCGCCGCUCUCUCCCCCACUCUUCCUCUCCAAUUCAAUCAUUCCUCCGUCCGCCGCACCGCACCCCCCCUCUUCCUCCUCCUCCUCUGCUCCGCCCCCCGCCUGCCUCUUCUUCACCCUGCGUCGUCCUCCGAUUGCCGACGGAUCCCUCCUCGCCACCGCCGUCGCGGACCCACCGGGGGAAGAGGAGAGGAGAGGAGGGAAGGGCACGGGGAGGCGGGAGCGAUGGAGGCCGCCGCCGCCGCCGCCGUCGCCGACUACGGGAAGCUCUUCGUCGGCGGCAUCUCGUGGGAGACGAGCGAGGACCGCCUCCGCGACUACUUCGGCCGCUUCGGGGAGGUCACCGAGGCCGUCAUCAUGCGGGACCGCAGCACGGGCCGCGCCCGCGGCUUCGGCUUCGUCGUCUUCGCUGACCCUGCCGUCGCCGAGCGCGUCACCAUGGACAAGCACAUGAUCGACGGGCGAAUGGUGGAGGCGAAGAAGGCGGUUCCCAGGGACGACCACAGCAUCGUGAGCAAGAGCAACGCGAGCAGCAUAGGGUCGCCGGGGCCGGGACGCACCAGGAAGAUCUUUGUCGGAGGCCUGCCCUCGAACGUCACCGAGGCGGACUUCAGGAGGUACUUUGAGCAGUUUGGCGUCAUCACUGACGUGGUUGUGAUGUACGACCACAACACGCAGAGGCCGAGGGGGUUUGGGUUCAUCACCUACGAUUCGGAAGACGCCGUGGACAAGGCCCUGCACAAGAGCUUCCAUGAGCUGAAUGGUAAGAUGGUCGAGGUCAAGAGGGCUGUUCCGAAGGAGCAGUCGCCUGGACCUGUCGUGCGCUCGCCUGUGGGAGUGGGGCAGAACUAUGCUAUGAACAGGGUUCAUAGCUUCCUCAACGGCUUCAACCAGGGUUACAACCCAAACCCCAUUGGAGGUUAUGGCAUGAGGGUGGAUGGAAGGUAUGGCUUGCUUUCAGGUGCACGGAAUGGGUUCUCUUCUUUUGGCCCAGGUUAUGGGAUGGGCAUGAAUGUCGAAGGCGGGAUGAGCGGAACGUUUGGUGCAAGCUCUGGUUUCAUCAGCAACUCCAAUGGGAGGCAAAUGGGUUCGUACUUCAAUGCAAGUUCCAACAGGUUGGGUAGCCCUAUGGGGUACCUUGGUCUUAAUGAUGUUCCGGGAUCAAUGCUGAGUUCCAUGUCUAGGAACGUUUGGGGUAAUGGGAGUCUAAACUACCCGAGCAAUCCUACAAACAUGAGUGCUUUUUCUUCACCUGGAAAUGGGGGUCAAGUCGGUAUUACUGGCGACAGUUGGGGAGGUCUCCCUUCUGCUCAUGGGAUGGGCAGCAUCUCGAGCCUUGGGUCAGGGAACCUUGGUCGUGGAGCUGGAGAUAACACCUUUGGUUUGCCUUCUGGCAGCUAUGGGAGAAGCAACUCAACUGGUACAAUCGGUGAGCCUUUUUCUGCAUCAGGCAAUACGUAUGAAGUGAACAACCCAGAUACAUAUGGGAGCAGCUCUAUUUAUGGUGGCACAGCCUGGAGGUUCGCAUCAUCUGAGGUUGACAUGCCUUCUUUUGGUCAUGAUAUUGGAAAUGUCGAUCCAACUAUCAAAUGAGACAUGUCAGCAAGUCACAUGGGCAACUAUCCUGUUAACAACAAUCAGCCAAGCAGAGGUAUCACUUCCUAGGGAGAGUAUUACUAUAUUCCAUAUAUGACUUGGGGUAGAUGAAGCACCCAUUCAGCCAGGCAUCCAGUCCAGGUGCAUGGCUGUGAAUCGGUGAUUGUCGGAUUAAUAUACAGGUUAGUUUUGUCUAGCUAACCAGCGGUGUGGUUUGCGAACACCAACAUGCUAGAGGUGGAGGAGCUGCUAGAGGAGGGAGCGGAUACAGAAACAUUUUGUGAAUGUCUUUUUGUUUUUGGGGUCAUGUUUUAGUUUUGAUUCGUACGCGUGGUGAGGCCUUUUGGUUUUUGAAUGAGAUGUAGUAAUUAUUGCGGCACAUGUUUAGAAGUCAUGUUCCAACAUAAGCUGGAAAAAAUGUCUGUAUACGGAUGAAACAUGUAUACCAACCAAAGGGAUGCUGUAUUAUACAUUAGCCUGUGUGUUUUUUUUUUGAUCCGUUUUUUAACCAUUUGUUUUCACUCUGGAGAUUUUGCUGUCUUGCUCAUGAAUUAUGCAUGCAGUGGUGUUUUCUCCCCUU